AUGGCAACUUCAGUAUCUACCCCAAUUAAGUCCCACAUGGGACUUUUCUCUUCCCGUACCGCUGGCGGACGCAUGCCUUUGACUCCAUCUCCUCGCACACGCACAGCUGCAAUGGCCAACAACUCCUCCCCAUUCACACCCGAGAGAAAGUUGGACAACGAGAGCAUCCGGUCAUCAACAUACGGCGGUAACCUUUCUUCACACUUCAAAUCUGCCUCGAGACCAUCCCACCGCGACUCACCAAAGUCCAACAUUGCCAAGGGUGUUCAGACUCCUCGCCGUGCUCUUGAGCUCGGUGUUUCCGACUUCACACUCACCGGUACUGGUGCUAAGACCCCGGGAUCCAGCCGUUCCCGAAAGGGUCCUCUCCGUCAGAAGUCUACCAAGACUACCCUUUCAUAUGGCGACAGAUUCAUCCCAAACCGUGCUGCAAGCUCUGCGAUUGUCAAUAUUGGAUCUGGCAAGCUCGAUGCUGGUGAGAAGAGACCAAAGACAAGUGGUGCUGAGGGUUCCUCAGUCCUAGCUUCUGGUGUUGAUGACGCUUUGGCUGCCCUUGGAUCAUUGUCUUUGAACGAUAACGAGGAGCCAUCCACAUACUCUCGCCCAUCGCCAAACACUGUCGCAUACCAAGAUUCUCUUGCCUCUGCCUGCGGUGUCUCCCUCAACCAACGCAUCCUUGCCUUCAAGCCUGCUGCGCCAGAAUCAUCCAAGCCAGUCGACCUCCGGUCUCAAUACAACAGACCCCUCAAGAGCGCCAAUGCUGCCUCUGCACAAUUCAGACGCCGUGUCGCCACAGCACCAGAGCGUGUUCUAGAUGCUCCAGGUCUUGUCGAUGAUUACUACCUCAACCUCCUUGAUUGGUCUUCCGGAAACCAAGUCGCUAUCGGUCUUGAGCGCAACGUCUAUGUCUGGUCUGCCGAAUCAGGAACUGUCAGCUCUCUCCUCGAGACCAGCCCUGAUACCUAUGUCAGCAGCGUCAAGUGGUCCGGCGACGGAGCAUAUGUCAGUGUCGGUCUCGGCACGGGAGAAGUCCAGAUCUGGGACGUGGAGGAGGGAACUAAGCUCCGCAGCAUGCACGGACACGAGACCCGCGUUGGUGUUAUGGGAUGGAACAAGCACACUCUCUCCACAGGUGCCCGAUCCGGUCUUGUCUUCAACCACGACGUACGCAUCGCUCAACACAAGACUGCCGAGCUCAUCUCCCACACUUCGGAAGUUUGUGGUCUGGAAUGGAGAGCCGAUGGUGCUCAACUCGCCACUGGAGGAAAUGACAACCUGGUCUCCAUCUGGGACGCUCGCUCUCUUUCUGCACCAAAGUUCACCAGGACCAACCACAAGGCUGCUGUCAAGGCUCUCAGCUGGUGCCCAUGGGCUCCUAAUGUUCUUGCUACUGGGGGUGGAUCAUACGACCGUCACAUCCACUUCUGGAACACCACCACCGGUGCCCGUGUCAACAGCAUUGAUACCGGCUCUCAAGUCACCUCCCUCCGAUGGAGUCCACACUACCGUGAGAUUGUCAGCACCAGCGGCUUCCCAGACAACUCCAUCAGCAUCUGGAGCUACCCAACCUUGGUCCGCAAUGUUGAGAUCCCAGCUCACGAAACCCGUGUUCUCCACAGCUGUCUCAGCCCAGAUGGACAAAUGCUGGCUACUGCUGCUGCCGACGAGAGCUUGAAGUUCUGGAAGGUUUUCGAGAAGAAGGCCGGAGCCAGUUCUGCUGCUGCCGGAUCUUCAGGAAAGGCCGACAUGGUCAAGCAAAUGACCAUUCGUUAA